AUGAGGCUUAUACGCCACUUGUGUGUGCUACUUUUACUGAUAUCUGUUUCAGCAGAACCCACCGUUUCAAGUUCUUGCCAAAGGCACUGUGGAAAUAUUUCUAUACCGUUUCCAUUCGGAAUCGGGCGCGGUUGCUACCACAAUGAUUGGUACGAGGUCAGAUGCAAAAAAUUUGUCCCGUUUCUGCCAAAGAUCGACAAGGAAGUGGUCCAAAUAGAUCUUCCGAGACCAAUAAAGCACGAAGAUGAUUUAGAUGAGUACUUUCCUUUUGGGUCACUCCGCAUCAAAACCAACGUAAAUUCUAUAGGGUGUAAUAGCGGCAGCAGCGGAGAAAGGCCCCAAGAGCUUUUGGAUUUGGCUGGAACUCCUUUUCUCAUCAGCGGCAAUCACAUGCUCGUGGCUUUUGGGUGCAAUAACAAGGUCACAUUGACGCAUGUCGAACACCGAAUUGUCGGAUGCAUUUCUACUUGCAAUAUCACUCAUGUAUUCGAAAACUUUACUCCUUUCACAACACUGCUUACAACAGGCUGCUCUGGCUACAAGUGUUGCAACGUAAGCACACCUACAGAGAGCAGUGAAAAAAUUGGUGUGAAAAUAGAGAGCAUUGAUGGCAAUAUAUCAAGGGGAGGGUGCAGAGUCGCCUUCUUAACCGACCAGUUUAACCAACCGUCGCGGCCUUGGGGUAACAAAACUGAUCCUAAAUUGUUUCACGAGAGGAAAUAUUCCACUAUCCAGCUAAAGUGGGAAGUUCUUACGACGAAUACGUCGUUUAUAGAAUCCUUGAGGUGUCACACAAACCCACUGACACUGUAUGACGUUCACUCUAGACCUUGCUACUGUAGCGUGCCGCCCUUUAAAGAAAAGAUCAGGUAUCUAGGAUGUGCCUGCACCUAUGGUUACAAGGGAAAUCCGUACGAGGUAGAUGGAUGCAAAGAUGUAGAUGAGUGUACAAUCCGCGAAGCUGGAGAUCCCAAGUAUUGCCCCAUUAGCGGCGAAACUUGUCUUAAUCUUCCAGGAAGCUAUCGAUGCGUGAUCAAGGAGGACAAAUCCUACCGAAUUUAUAUAGGUCAAUCAGUUACCUACCGGGUUGGCGUAGGUUCAGGCGUGUUGCUUAUAGGUGCAGCCUUUUGGCUAUACAAAUUGAUCAAAAAGCACAUAAAGAGGAACCUCAGGGAAAAGUGUUUUAGGCGAAAUGGUGGUAUGUUACUACAGCAGCAGUUGAGUUCAGGGGAAGACUCUGUAGAGAAUACAAUGGUAUUCACUUCAAAAGAGUUAGAGAAAGCGACAGAAGGCUUCAGUUUGGGGAGGGUGCUUGGCCGAGGUGGUCAAGGGACUGUGUAUAAAGGCAUGUUAACUGACGGAAGGAUCGUAGCAGUUAAGAAAUCCACUGUCUUGGACGAAGACAGAGUUGGGGAGUUCAUAAACGAACUGAUCAUCUUGUCUCAGUUAAACCACCAGAACAUCGUAAGAGUUCUUGGUUGCUGUUUAGAGACAAAGGUGCCGUUGCUGGUAUACGAGUUUAUACCCAACGGUAAUCUCUUCCAGCGUCUUCAACAAGAAAGUUCUGAUCAGGUCUUAACAUGGGAAGUAAGAAUUGAUAUUGCUAAAGACAUAGCCCGAGGUCUCUCAUACCUUCACUCUGUUGCUUCGCCUCCCGUUUUCCAUAAAGACAUCAAGUCCGCAAACAUCAUGCUUGACGAAAAAUUCCGAGCAAAGUUGGCAGACUUCGGUACGUCUAGAGUGAUAGCUGGUGACCACAUGAGCCACAUGACGACAGUGGUUUCGGGUACUCCUGGAUACGUUGACCCCCAAUUCUACCAGUCCGGCAGAUACACUGAAAAGAGUGACGUGUAUAGCUACGGAGUAGUUUUGGCUGAAUUGGUAACUGGAAGAAGACCAUAUUUCCAAGGAGACAGCACUUUAGCAUCUCUCUUCCUCCAAGAAAUGAAAGAGAAUAGACUUUUGGACAUUCUGGAUCCUCGUAUCAGAAACGAUUGUGACCUCGAACAAGUCAUUGCCAUGGCCAACAUUGCGAGCUCGUGUCUGAAUCUCGAGGGGGAGAAACGCCCAACGAUGAUACUCAUUUCACUGGAGCUGGAACGUACUUUUCUUUCCCAUCCGGAUACCGAAACCACGGGCAAGGACAAGGAACAAGUUGCUGAAGCUAGCAGUAGCAGAGGCAAAGAACCGCUGAGCAUUGACGUCGCUUCAACUUCAACGUCCCAAUAUGAACUUUCGUGAAGCUAUGCGUGGUGCGAUGAUGCUGAACCCUCAACGACGACCCAACUAUCUGAUGUUGCACCUAUCAAAAAAAAAAACUAUCUGAUGUUGU